CCUAUUGCAUAUGCUUUUUCCACUUUGCAGCAGACAACCUUUGUUUCCCUCCUCCUUAAGUUCCAUUGCCCUCCUUUCUCCUACUCUUCCUUCCACACUGCCCAAUUUCCAUCUCCAUUUCCUUCAUCAGAGGUUGUUCUGCUCAGUCAGAGGCAUCCUUUGCCAAAAACAUUUAUCUGCUUCAAUGGCAACUUCUUGGUCUGUUGCUUUCACUAUCUUCUUCUCCUGUAUUCUCCUGCUUGAAACCAUCUCUUCUUCAGCAUCUCUUGAUUGCUCAUAUGGUUCAGCUCAAGUGAAGAUACUGUCCAGCUCGGUGGUCAGUGAGCAGCAAAAUGUGUACCUCUUCUUGAAGCCGUUUCAGAGCACGAGAUCAUGCAGCGCGAGGCGGCUCGCCGGCGAAUUCGUCAAUGGCGUCGUCGUGCCCAACCUGCGGCUCAACGUCACCGGCGUCGUGGUCACGGCCAACGAGCGGCAGCUCGGCGCGCUGCGCUGCACGCUGGAGUCGGUUCAGGCGGAGCUCGCCGUCGCCGGAUUGGGUCGGAGCGUCAAGGUCUCGCCGGAGCUCUCGCUGCCUUCUCUGCGAGCCAUGGCGAAGUGCCGCCGCCGCGGCGAGAAGCAUUGGCGCAGAGUCAUGGAGUUCGUGAGGAGGUCAGGCUCGUUUGUCGUGGUGGAGAUGGGUGCAGAAGAGAAGGCAGACCUCGCCGUCGCCGAUGUCGCCGCCGCGUUCGAGGAGGGCGUCGGCGUGGCGUUCCGUAUCAGCGGCCGCGCGGCUCGGAGCGCGGCGGAAAUGGCGAGGCUGAUCGGCGAUGCGGAUAAGGGGAGGAGGUGGACGGGUGUUCUUGCGGAGGUUGCGUCUCCCUCUCCCCGGCGGGAGCUCGCCGCGGCGGCAAGGACGACGGCGCGCGACGUGUUCGCGCCGGUGACUAACCCGACGACGACGCCGGCGACGAACCCGGUGACGGUGCCCGCGACGAACCCGGCGAUGAACCCGGUGACGCCGGGCAUCGUCACCGUGCCGUCGACCAACCCGGCCACGGGAUACUCCAACAACCCCAACCUCCCGCCGCUGUACCCGGAGCCGACGCCGGUGACGAUGCCCGACCCGACGACGACGACGACGCCGACGCCAUUCAUGAACCCGGUCACCGCGCCGACCAUGCCAUCCCCGGUGACCAACCCCGCCACGACGCCGGCCGUCACAAACCCAACGACGAUGCCUUACCCGUACCCGCCGCAGCAAGGCGGCGUCAUGCCGACGACUCCGACUUACCAGCCGCCGGCGACGAUGCCGGCGGCGGGCGGGCAGACGUGGUGCGUGGCGAAGGCGGGGCUGAUGGACGCGGCGCUGCAGAGCGGGCUGGACUACGCGUGCGGCAUGGGCGGGGCCGACUGCACGGCGAUCCAGCCCAUGGGGGCCUGCUACAACCCAAACACCCUGCAGGCCCACGCCUCCUACGCCUUCAACUCCUACUUCCAGAGGAACCCCUCGCCGGCGAGCUGCGACUUCGGCGGCGCCGGCAUGCUCGUCAACAUCAACCCAAGUUCAGGAACUUGCUUGUUUCAGGCAUCAUCAGCAGGCUACGGCGCGGGAUACAGCCCGGGGGUGACGGGGACAGUGCCGGUGGGCGGCGGCGCGGGCGCCGGCGCCGGGGUCGGCGUCGGCGUGACGCCGAUGGGACCGGCGGUGGGCGGCACCGGAGGCGCCGGAGUGACGCCGAUGGGACCGGCGGUGGGCGGCGGAUCGGGGUCGACGGUGCUCAACGCCAACAGCCCCGGCGGGAACUCGAUGUACGGCUCCGACAGUAACCCGACGAGCCUCACCGGCGCCGCCGCCGCCGCGCUGUCAUCCGGCUGGGUCCUGUGCCUUGUCUGGAUAUUCACCUUUGCAUAUGUCAAGGAGAAAGUGUAGGCCUUCUUCUUGCUGCUGCUGCUGCUACUGAUGAUGAACAACUUGUUCUACUUGAUUCAGCUGUGUACAGAUGCAUACUAGAUGAUUUGAGUGAAUUUUCAUAGGGGAGAAGAAGGAUAGAUGUUUUGUGAGUCUGUCUGUAAUCUGUAUAUGACUGUUUAUGAGCUGGGUAGGCAGAAUGAUGCUUAGGCAUCUUAGCCAUCAUAUAUGUUGUAGGUGAGCAUAGAGAUCCUUCUCUAUGGAGACAUGCUUCUUGUUGUAGUGCUUGAUAUGAUAUCAGUUGAUACUAUUCUUGUUCUUGGGCAGCUUU